GUAUUAGAAAAUGGAGAAAACUUCUCUGUUGGAGAGCGGCAACUUCUGUGCAUGGCAAGGGCCUUGUUAAGGGGAAAUAAAAUAUUACUUCUCGACGAAGCUACUGCUUCUAUUGACAAUGAGACUGAUAAAUUAAUCCAACAAACUAUAAAGGAGGGUUUUAGUCAUUGUACUGUAUUAACUAUAGCACAUAGGAUUCAUACCGUAAAACAUUACGAUCGCAUCAUGGUAAUACAAAACGGUGAAAUAGUAGAAUUCGACUCCCCAGAUGUGUUGUUUGAGGAUCCCAACUCGCAUCUUCACAAGAUGAUAAACUCUUAAAACAGAAUUUGAUAGAUGUCAGUAGCUACUAAUGCUAUGCUUGAUGGAAGAAAUCGCCGAUGGUGUCCUAGCUAUAGUAUUAAUAUUCGUUGAAAUAGCAAGUUAGGGUGUUUGGAACGAAACUAGUACUGUACAGACAAAGGGAACAAUUUAGCUUUGAAAAUACUUUCAAAAUGUUAUGUGUUGAAAACUACACCUCGCGGUAUAGCUACUGUUGUAAAACAAGUACAUGUAACUAAUUAAUAUCCAUUAACAGUUGCCACAACAAUUAGCCAGAAAGUGCUAAAUAAUCCUCCAAUGCUUUUAGCAUUUAUAUUAUCUAUAUCUUUAGAUUACGGGUUUCAGUGGUUGUAGGACGUCUG